CCCCGCCCCCAGCGCACGCGCAUGCGCCCGGGGGCCCCGCCGCCCCGCUCUAUCCUACUCCGGCUCCCGCCGGCGUUCAGGACACUGGGUUCCCUACAAGCUGCCCCAGGCUUAAUGAUUGUCCAGAAGGUGGCUAUAAAGGGAGCCUGGGAGGCUGGGUGGAGGAGGGAGCCAGAAAAAGCCUAACUCAGCAGAUCUGGGCACCGAGAGAGCCACCGGCAGGAGCUGUGGUCAGAGGCUCCGUGUCCCCACCAGUGGGGCCUGCUCCCUUCCACCAUGGCGGCCCGAGGCUACGGCUUUUACCGCGCUGUGAUCUUCUCGGCCAUGUUUGGAGGCUACAGCCUGUACUACUUCAACCGCAAGACCUUCUCCUUCGUCAUGCCGUCGUUGGUGGAGGAGAUCCCUCUGGACAAGGAUGACUUGGGGCUCAUCACCAGCAGCCAGUCGGCAGCCUAUGCCAUCAGCAAGUUUGUGAGCGGGGUGCUGUCUGACCAGAUGAGUGCUCGCUGGCUCUUCUCUUUGGGGCUGCUUCUGGUUGGCGUGGUCAAUAUAGCGUUUUCCUGGAGCUCCCUGGUACCCGUCUUUGCUGCUCUGUGGUUCCUCAAUGGCCUGGCACAGGGGCUGGGCUGGCCUCCAUGUGGGAAGAUCCUGCGGAAGUGGUUUGAGCCAUCUCAGUUUGGCACUUGGUGGGCCAUUCUGUCCACGAGCAUGAACCUGGCUGGAGCGCUGGGCCCCAUCCUGGCGACCACCCUCGCCCAGAGCUACCACUGGCGCGGCACGCUGGCCCUGUCCGGGGCCCUGGGUGUGGUUGUCUCCUUCCUCUGCCUCCUGCUCAUCCACAACGAGCCUGCCGAUGUUGGACUCCGAAACUUGGACCCCACUCCCGCCAAGGGCAAGAAGGGUUCCUUGAAGGAGGAGAGUACCUUGCAGGAGCUGCUGCUAUCCCCCUACCUGUGGGUGCUCUCCACUGGCUACCUUGUGGUAUUUGGAGUAAAGACUUGCUGUACCGACUGGGGCCAGUUCUUCCUUAUCCAGGAGAAAGGACAUUCAGUCCUCGUGGGUAGCUCCUACAUGAGUGCGCUGGAGGUUGGGGGCCUUGUAGGCAGCAUUGCAGCUGGCUACCUGUCAGACCGGGCCAUGGCAAAGGCAGGGCCGUCCAUCUACGGGAACCCUCGGCAUGGCCUGUUGCUGUUCAUGAUGGCUGGCAUGACCGUGUCCAUGUACCUCUUCCGGUUAACUGUGAGCAGUGACUCCCCCAAGGAUGUUGCUUUCUGGACUCCAGCUCUUCACCCACUCGCUGAGCUCAUAGGCUUUACGGAGCAUGAGCUCUGGAUCCUGGUGUUGGGAGCUGUGUUUGGUUUCUCUUCUUACGGUCCCAUUGCCUUGUUCGGAGUUAUAGCCAAUGAGAGCGCCCCUCCCAACUUGUGCGGCACCUCCCACGCCAUUGUGGGACUCAUGGCCAAUGUGGGCGGCUUUCUGGCUGGGCUGCCCUUCAGCACCAUUGCCAAGCGCUAUAGCUGGAGCACAGCCUUCUGGGUGGCUGAAGUGAUCUGUGCACUCAGCACAGCUGCCUUCUUUCUCCUGCGAAACAUCCGCACCAAGAUGGGCCGAGUGCCCAAGAAGGCUGAGUGAAGAGUACAGGCUCCAGUGCAUCCUCUCCCACCUGUGGCCUUCCCCUGCAAGGGGCUGGGGGGGAGAGCGGGGCAGAGAGAAAGAAAGGGGGGCUGCUCCGGUUAGCACCGAACCUUUGAUUUCCUCUUGUGCGCCUUUCCCCUUGCCCAGGUGGCGCUGGAAGUUACCAGUGGCUAAUGAGGUCCCAGCUCCCCAUCCCGUGUUCUAUUUAAAAGGCAACUUUUGUUCCUGGACUCCAUUAGCUCCUAUUUCCUGGCUUCAAACAGGAAACCCCUGCAGUCAGGAAGUCCCCUAAACCCUAUUCUUCCCCUCCUGGGCCCUCCCACGCCAUCCCCAGUAGAGGUGAGACUCCUCCUGCAGCUGCAGGCUACCAGUGACCCAUGAUUGCUGCCCUAAGGCCUCUUAGCACCGAAAACGGUUAUUGCCAAUACCUUCGAUUCCAAGGGGAGAGGAGGCCAUGACGUUCACUAGUACCCUGUGGACGGUGUGGGGCAUGGGCGGGAGGGGGGAGGACUUGACACAGAUUAAAACUAGA